UUUUGGUUUUUGGUUUGGCUUUUAUGAUACCCCAUCCGUGUUUGGAUACGCUGUUGCCUCCGAGAUUUUGGUUACUCGACAGCGAAAGUGCUUCUACGCCAUCGCUGGGACGGCGUACUGGACUGAGACUGAAACUAGCGACAAUGCGUCUGCGCUAUCGCCGGGCCUGUCUCGUGGGCGUUUAUGUUUUUUCCCUCUUUUUAUUCCUUUAGACAGACAGACAGCAUUACAGGCGAGACUAGUCGCUCGUUCGAGUUCAGACGCCCCCUUCCUGCGGGUAGGGACGGCUCUAGCUCUCAAUCGAGUCAAUUGCCGCAAUAUCCAGGUCGAAGCAGGCCCAGAAUUACCG